AUGGAGCACGCGUUCGACAGCGUGCUUUCCAAUCUAGUUUUGACCCGGAGGAUACGGCCCAUGGUAACUGGCUUCUACACAGAAAUGAAGGCGAGCGAGUUGGGCCGCAUGAUUCCGGACGACGUCAAAGAUAUUGAUUGGAUGACGGAAGAACAACCACCCAGUACUGAACUUGUCCAGCUGCGCAAAUUCUCGGAGGUCGUCCAUCAUGUCUAUCCUCCCGAUAUCGUGGAUGCAUAUGGCUUUGCCUGCCAUAUCCUCGAGCUGGUCUUCCAGGUCGCGGAAAAGUCUGAUAAGCCGCCUUCCGACGCGUUGCUGAAGAUUUGGAUCCACCUCAUCUCCAACCGCUAUAUCGAGCUUCUAUCGGAGAAGCAGCCGGGAUCUCUAAUCAUCUUUGCACAUUACGCGGUCAUGAUGCACAGAGCAGCAGCGAGUUACUGGUAUCUGGAGGGGCUCGCAGAGCAGAUACUCAAGAUUGCGGAUCACAUGGUCCCUAGCGAGUGGAAGCAGUGGCUCCAGUGGCCCAAGGAGCAGAUACGAGGUGGCUCUGUUCCGCCGACACCAUAUUCGGGACAUACGACAUGA